GACCUGGUGGGAGGUUUCCUGAAGGCAAAAAGUGAAAGUCGAGGGGCCAGAGAGUGAAGAACGGCCUGAGUCUCGAGGCCCCGCCCUGGGCGGAAGGAACGGAGCGGCUGGGACCUCUAGCAGCAGAGCCAGAUCACACUGUGCAACCACCAUGAGUCUUGACAUCCAGUGUGAACAGCUGAGUGAUGCCAGAUGGACAGAGGUCCUUCCCCUGAUCCAGCAAUACCAAGUGGUCAGGCUGGAUGACUGUGGUGUCACUGAGGUGCGAUGCAAAGACAUCAGCUCAGCGGUCCAGGCCAACCCUACCUUAACAGAGCUCAGCCUAUGCACCAAUGAGCUAGGAGACGCUGGUGUGUGCCUGGUGCUCCAGGGCCUGCGGAAUCCCACCUGUAAGAUCCAGAAGCUGAGCCUUCAGAACUGCAGCUUGACGGAGGCUGGCUGUCGGGCCCUGCCUGACGUGCUGCGGUCUUUGCCUACCCUGCGUGAACUACAUCUCAGUGAUAACCCUUUGGGGGAUGCAGGCCUGAAGCUGCUCUGUGAAGGACUUCUGGACCCCCAGUGCCGCCUUGAGAAGCUUCAGUUGGAAUACUGUAACCUCACAGCUACCAGCUGUGAGCCCCUGGCUUCAGUGCUCAGGGUGAAACCCGACUUUAAGGAGCUAGUGUUGAGCAACAAUGACCUCCAUGAGGCUGGUGUCCAGAUGCUGUGCAAGGGCUUGAAGGACUCUGCCUGUCAACUGGAGUCACUCAAGCUGGAGAACUGUGGUGUCACAUCAGCCAACUGCAGGGAUCUGUGUGAUGUCCUGGCCUCCAAAGCCUCACUGCUGCACCUGGACCUGGGCAGCAACAAGCUCGGUAAUGCAGGCAUCGCAGCGCUGUGCUCGGGACUGCUGCUCCCCAGCUGUAGGCUCAAGACUCUGUGGCUGUGGGAGUGUGACAUCACUGCAGAGGGCUGCAAGGACCUGUGCCGUGUCCUCAGGGCCAAGCAGAGCCUGAAGGAACUCAGCCUCGCUGGCAACGAGCUGAGGGAUGAAGGUGCCCAGCUGUUGUGCGAGAGCCUGCUGGAGCCUGGCUGUCAGCUGGAGUCACUGUGGAUAAAGACCUGUAGCCUCACAGCUGCCUGCUGUUCCCACAUCUGCUCGGUGUUGACCAAGAAUCGUUCUCUGCUGGAGCUGCAAAUGAGCAGCAACCCACUGGGGGACCCGGGAGUCCUGGAGCUUUGCAAGGCCCUGGGCCAGCCAGACACUGUGCUGCGUGUGCUCUGGCUGGGGGACUGUGAUGUGACGGACAAUGCCUGCAGCAGCCUUGCUGCAGUUCUGCUGGCUAACCGCAGCCUGCAGGAGCUGGACCUCAGCAACAACUGCAUGGGGGACUUGGGUGUCCUGCAACUGAUGGAAAGCCUCAAACAGCCCAGCUGUACCCUUCAGCAGCUAGUCCUGUAUGACAUUUACUGGACGGAGGAGGUGGAAGACCAGCUGCGGGCCCUGGAGGAGGAAAGGCCAUCCUUGAGGAUCAUCUCCUGAGAUGUGCAUGUCUCUGGACACACGACAUUAAUCCAGCCCAGGGCCAGCCAGCAGGAACUCUGGCUCUGGGUGUUCUAGCAUUGUAAUCUUAUUUUAGCAGAAAACGUUAGACACUUUAUAACUAUUAAAACACUUUGUUGACAAGGAA